GGGGUGUGUUCCGCUACCGCCUACUGAUGUUAUCGGCACUUAUCGUCCUAUAAAAGACGCCCCACCUGGCACACGAUUGUCGCACAUUGGCAAAACGGUUUCAGUAUGAAGGGUCCACUGUGUUUGGUGGUAGCACUGCUCAGCGCCAGUUCGCUGGUGAACGCUCGUGACCUGCGUCAUGAGAUUCCCGCCGAGGUACCGGAUGUACACCUUGGUGCCGGGUUUGCCACGGCAUGUUCGGUCCGCAUGACGGGCGAUCUGCCACGUCCGCAGCCUCUGAUCCUUCAGCCAGGUACCGAUCAGUUCCGCUAUCCCGCCACCGACAAUGGCCUGUUGCAGCUGAAUGCUGGUGAAACGCUGGAGCUAGCCUGCCAGCAAGGGUUCGCUCUGUUCCCGGGGAAAAACACCAUCACCGUUUCGUGCGUUCUGAACGAUCAGUUCAACUACGACAGCCAGAUGUACCCGUUCCGUGACUUUGCUUGCACGGAAAACUGGCUCAGCACGGCCCGUCGUACGGCGCAGCGGUGCUUUAACGGUGCUACGAUCGUCCAGAUCGGGUUCCAGCUCGGUGGCCGGUUUCCCAGCUUCCUGGAGGUGUGCCACGAUGAGGUGACGUUCGAUAAUCAUUACGUGGUGCACGAGUUCAUCCCGGCAAAUGCAGGCUUCCAGACGGGUGUACCACGUCCCGGUUGGUACCAGGGAGAUUUCUACCCGGGCAUUAACGUCAACGGACUGUACACGGUCAAUACGCAGCGUGCCACGAUCGCUACGAUCCUGAACUCACAGGCUCGUGCCGAUGAGCUGGUGCAGGGUACGGUGAAUGACAUUUUCAUGGCUCGCGGUCAUAUUGCGGCACGGUCGGACUUUAUCUACGGUACGCAGCAGAACGGUACGUUCUGGUUCCUGAACGCUUCGCCCCAGUGGCAGACCUUUAACGCUGGUAACUGGGAGCGUAUCGAGGCUUCGGUCAAGCGAUUCGUCGCAUCGCGCAACAUUCGAGUGCGAGUGUACGGUGGAACGUACGGGGUACAGACGCAGGCCGAUGGUAACGGUGAUCAUCGUCAGAUCUUCCUCGACUUUAACGCGAACGGACGUACGCGGCUGCGGGCACCGAUGGUGUACUACAAGAUUCUGCACAACGAGGCCCAGAACUCGGGCAUCGUGCUGAUCGGUGUCAACAAUGUGCACAUUUCGCUGGAGGAGAUCCGUCGGGAUUAUAUCUUCUGUACGGAUGUAAGCUCGCGGAUCGGUUGGAUCAACUGGGAGAGGGAGAACCUUUUGCUCGGCUACUCGUACGCCUGUGAGGUGAACGAGUUCAAUCGGGUGACUGGCCAUCUGCCGAACCUGAACGUCGCCAGCUUACUGAUCUUUCCAAUCCAGUCGCGGCGCUCCCAAGAUACAAUGUCGCUCUCCCUGAAAAUCCUCGCAGCGGUGUAUCUGCUGAGCUGCGUCGCCGGUUCGUUCACUGUUCUAGCACGAACAGCCCCAUCUGAAGCGGAAGUUGUGCCAUUCGCGGUUUCCUGUAGUGUGAACUUUACGGCACUUCCCGGACCGGAACAACCGCUGAUACUGAUCCCUAAGACGGAGAAAUUUUACUAUCCCGUUGAUGAAACGCGCAAAAUUGAGUUCACGAAGGGACAAUCCGUUGAGCUGGUUUGCCGCGAUGGGUUCAAGGUGUUCCCCACGAUUCGGGAGAUCACCGUCGAGUGUGAUUCCGGCGACCAGUUCCUGUACGGUGGAACGCCCUACACGUUCUCGGAUCUUUCCUGUACCAACUACUGGUUGAGCUCGGCAAGAGUGACGCAACAGCGAUGCUUCAACGAUUCCGUCGUCGUACAGGUUGGCUUUAAUCUGGCCAGUUCCAACCGAUGGGUGAACGUGUUCGACGUGUGCUACGAUGAGAAGCUGUACCAUACGCACUACGUACUGCACAAGAUGACCCGCGCCAACGGUGGCUACCAGUCGGGGAAUCCACGCCCCGGGUGGUUCCAGGGUGACUUUUAUCAGGAAGUGAACAUUAACACCCUGUACACCGUAAACAAACAGCGGGAAACGCUUGCCAUCAUUCUCGGCUCACAGGCUCGUGCGGAUGAGCUGGUGCAGACGACGGCCAACGGUAUCUAUAUGGCUCGUGGACACAUCGCGGCACGCGCCGAUUUCGUGUACGGAACGGAGCAGAACGCUACGUUUUGGUUCCUGAAUGCGGCGCCCCAGUGGCAGAACUUUAACGGUGUGAACUGGGAGCGAGUUGAGUCGUCCAUUCGGGACUUUGCGGGCGGUCGGGAUCUCGAGCUAACCGUGUACAGUGGGACGUACGGUGUACAGAAGCUGGCCGACGGUAAUGGGGACUAUCGGGAGGUGAUGCUCGAUUUCGAUGCAAACGAGGGUAGGCAGCGUGUUCCGGCACCGGCCCUGUACUACAAGAUCUUGCACGAUGAGCGCAACAACGCCGGGAUUGCGAUCAUCGGUGUGAACAACGUGCACAUCCCGAUUGAGAUCGUGCUGCGGGAUUACGUGGUGUGCGACGAUAUCGGCGAUAAGGUGGAGUGGAUCGAUUGGCAGCGCAAGAACCUUACCAUCGGGUACUGCUAUGCGUGCGAGGUGAACCAAUUCAAUGCCGCCAUCGGUAAACCACAUCCACAGCUGAACGUGGAGCGUUUGCUAACGGGUGGUGCGGCACAAACGGUGGCCCUGUCGUUGGGUGCACUGUUGGCUGCGUUGCUGAUGCUGCACGGGGGUCUGUUUGCGAGCAGAUAGAGGCCGCCGCCGCCACCGCCCGACACAUGCCACUUCCGAUUGACGUCAUUGACGCACGCGACACUGCAUCGGAUAGUGAGCCAAGGUGGUCGCUGGGAGUGGCCAAGCUAGUGCAAAGGUUUACCGAAAGUAUUCAAGAUGUGGAUAAUAAAAACAUUCCAUUUCAGACACGAUGCCCUAA